ACGCCCACUAGGGGAGACCGGAAGAGAGUAGCCUUUCACAUGCGCACGAUGCUGCACGCGCAACCAGGCCGUGUGCGUGCGGAACCUUCACACGGACGAGCCACAUUUGGUGGGGGCUCAAAUGUGUCUUGUUCCAGGGUGGUCAGUGAGGGUCUGUCUGCUACCGCUACAAACCCAGGUGGGCGCAGGGCUCACGAUGUAGCACCACUAGCCCGGUUUUCCUGUUCGAGGACACAAGAUUUCCACAUUAGCAGAAUAAGCAAAGAAGAAGAAGAAGCAUCUGUCAUUCAUGUCAGCUGUGCAAGAUGAGUACAGACAGACCCAAACGGAAUAUCAUCAAGAAGAAAUAUGACAUCAGUGAUGGAAUGCCUUGGUGUGAAGAGCGUCUGGUGCGCAAAGUUCUUUUCCUCUCCCUCAGGGAAUUCCGAGACACACGCCGUGCCACACACGGACACUUACCUGCACACGGGCACAAACGCAAGCAUGUAUCGAAAGCAACACUUUCACAUGAACCACAAAAGUCAAGUCAAAAGCCCCAGCAACAAAGAGUCUCGCACAGACUGCAAAAUAUGCAGAAAAAAACCCACAGUCUGGAAAAAACUCAAGUUAAGACAAAACAGCAACGUGAUCAUGCCAACAAAGUGCAAAAAUCAAACUUGUCUCAGGAUACGCAUUCACGGAAAAGUAAAAAUACUCAUACAGAACAGCGCAUGCACCCACAACGAAAAAUGUGCCGAGAAAAAACUGCGCAGCACACCAGCUUUCAAGAACAUUCAACCAGGACGUUACGGUCACAUAAAACGUCAAAGUCAUCAUCCAUGUCGAAAUACUCAAACACCACGAAAGAACCACAGCGAACCCAGCACAAGAACUCAGUUGAAAAUACUAGGCCACCCAAGAAUGUGCGACCACUCGUGAGGACUCCUGUCGCGGCCAGGAAACAGACGUCACACUCUCCCAAAGGCAUCAGGGGUUCCCUGGUCAAUGGCGCCGGUCAGUGUCUGUCCUUGCUGUCAGGCAGCUCUAGCUGGAGUUGGUCCUUAAAGGCACGCCCUCAGCGCCACCCUGUCAGCCUCUUUUGUGACAACGAUGACCCACAUAGCGGGAGGCCAAGGUUGCAAGCGCAGAGAAAAUUUGCCCAGUCUCCACCCAGCUCUCCUGGUCCACCACCGACAUCAUCAACACAGUGUAGGCACAACCCCAGCCUGGCAGUCGUCACCAGUCUCACCAGGUGUCGACCAAAAACUGAGGACUUCUUAUCAUUUCUCUGCCUCAGAGGUUCAGCAGCAUUGCCAAGAAACAUGAUCUUCUUGAGUGGACGGGAUUUUAAUUCGCGUCUUUCCACACGCCCCCAGACUGUCACUGAUAGGAAGAACACGAUCACACACGCAGUGCGGCCAGACUGUAGAUCUCUGAACUUUGAAGGCCCUGACUCCACAGAGGGCAGCUCCCUCUGCCAUCUAACUGCUCGGGCACAAAGGAGAAGGGAAAGAGAGAGGAAGGAGGAGGCAGGACAGAGGAUAAAGAAUGAAUGUAUGGAAGCUGGCAGGGGAGAUGAAGUUUCAAAACACCACCUGAGACCUAGACACUUCUCCAUACAGCUCAGAAGGAAUAAAAAGGUCUCCAAGGUUUCCAGAGUUUCUGACCAUAGCACCUCCUUUGUCAGAUCUGUUUCAACCUUGAAGCCUAAGACAGGGGGUGGCGGCCAGCGAUCUCCAAGGCCCAGCAAUACCUGUAAAUCAAGGGGCCACUCCAAUAACCGACCAGAAGUCAAGAGCAAUCACCUCUCCCAACACAGCAACCACCAACUGCCUCACAAACAAUGCCUAACAGUUUGUAAGUUCUACAGAAACCCCAAGACUCAUCGAGGUCUUCAGAACUCAGGAAAAAAUCCAAGCAGGGCACCAGCUCAAAUGCCAUUGACUACUAACUUAGCCACCAGACAGCUCAGCGAGACCCCUGGGGUUGUGAGAUUGUCUCGAAGAAAAAGAGGCCUCCCACCAGAUGGUAAUCUAAGUCCUCCCAAUCAUUUUUCUACCGACAAUCCAUUCAAGAAGUGCAGUAUGCAACAGUCCAAUGGGAAUGUCCGACUGGAUAGUGACUACUCUAACGGUGAAAUGGAGGCUAACUAUAAGGAAGAUGUUCAAGUAAAACAUGCUGUCCAUAAGGUACGAAGCGCUGGUAGCCUUGAUGCAGAGCUUAUACAAGACGCACGUAUUGGAGAGCUGAAAUUAAUGAGGGACAGUGAUGUAACUGAGGACACACCGAACAGUGUUAAUGUGGCAAAGUUUGGCUCGUCAGCAAGCAUCACUACUCUUGAGGUCAAAGAUAACUCUGACCUUGAUCCAGUCAGUGAGGUCAUGUGCAGAAAUGUGAGAGAAAAACGGCUCCAGAGGAACUUGACAGUGGGGUCCGCUCCAAUCUCCAAAACAAUUCCUAGGAUUACCGUUCCUGGGACUGUUAUCAGAGCUGCGGGACACACUCCUGUUCCUAAAGCUCUACUCAACUCAGUGACAUCACCAUACGGACAUAGUAAGCCACCAGCGAAUAAUUCUGCCAAACACAGUCCAAAGGGAACGAAAAAAGGUGCUAGCAAAGACAUUGUCUCAUUCAUUUCACCAGCCAGCAGCUGCUUUGUCGAUGAUUCCAAAUGUGAAUCAUCCAAGGGCUGGACUGAUGACUCAACAAAGGAUGGUAGCUAUUCUGUCACUUCCAAGGGCUCUACAAAAUGUCUUUGGCAGAUCAAAUCUACUACCUCAACAGUUAAAACUAGGAGCAGUCCUAGAAUCCUUCUCAAGCACUAACAAACACCCGAUCUGUGGCUCAACGUGUUUACAGAUUCACUGUUUACUCUGUUAAGAUUUAAUGUCAUGGAAAUGAUAAGUAUAUAAUGUACACCCACUGCAUCUAAUGACCCCCCCCCCCCCAAAAAAAAAUCCUCUUUAUCUAUUAGCCAUGGGUUGUCUAUACCGCUUAUCCUCGUUAGGCUCCCGGGUGAACUGGCGCCUAUCCCAGCUGACUUUUGGUGAGACCCUGAACUGGUUCCAGCGAAUCGCAGGGCACCCAACCGUUAGAGUCGUCAAGUAACUUUACGUGCAUUUUUGGGGAAUGUGCGAAGAAGCUGGAAGACCAUGAGAAAACCCACACAAGCGGGAAGAACAAACAGCAAACUCCCAACAAGAAGGCGGCAGAUGUGCUAAAACCUAACCCACCGUGCUGCCCACGAACUAAUAUAUUUACGUCAUAUUAUAAAAUAUAGGAUUACUUCACUAAUUCUUUUAACAAAAAUUACAAUCUCAAACUGCAUAGCAUUACAAGAAUUAAAGAGUGUUUAGAAUUGUAGUUUGUAAUCAAGUUUACAACAAAGCAUCGUAAGAGAUGGUUCUUUAUUUACAGUGCGUGCAGCUACUGUAGGCCCUACAAUGUAGGGAAAAGAAAAUCUUGCAACUGCAAGUUCAAUCAUUGAAACUUUCUGACCUUUAGUUGUAUUAUCUUUGUAAAUGCUAAAUAUUUGAUACAGCUCUUGUAUUGACUCACAUUAGAUGGUGCCGGUGUACAAAAUCUUGUGGCCAGUGAGUGUAUUUAAAAGACCACCACUGGAUACUGCUGUAAAAUAGUAUCUUAUGUACUUGUAUACACUUGUGUGUUAUGAUGUGUGUGUGUGUGUGUGGUUGUUUUUUUUUAAUACAUCUGUACAGCAAAAAUAAUGUGAGCAAUAUAAUUGUUGUUAUCCAUUAAGUUUGAUAUAGUGAACGGUCACUAUAUCAAAUAAUGAUUUCAGGUGCUUCCAUGUAAUAUCUUGAUUUUUGUACCUAGGAAUCAUACUACUUUUCUGCUCUUAUUUUAAGGGUUGUGCUCACUAUUAUUGACAUGUUCAUGCGAGGUAUAGUCCCCUCCAAGAAUAUUGGAAUAGCAAGGUUUUGUUUUUGUUGUACUGUAUACUGGAGACAUUUGGGUUUCAGAUUAAAAGAUGAAUGAAUAUGAGGCAGGAGCUCAAAAAUCCACCUUGUAUUUCAUGGUAUUGACAUCUUGAUGUGUUAAAAAAAAAAAACAACACCAGACAGCGAUCAUUUUGUUUGAAGCCUCCCACUUGUCAAGAGUGCAAAAGUAUUGAAACAGACCUUAUUAAAGUGAUUAACAUUUAUGACUUGGUGCCGUCACCCUUAUUUGCGAUAACUGUGUCAAGCUUGCGACUUGUUGUCUUCACUUGGCUCUUGCAUUCGUUAUUUGAAAUGCUUUUUCAGGACUUUACUACAGCCUCUUUCAGUUCUUGUUUGUUCCAAGGGGUUUUUCCCUUCAAUCUCCUCUUAAAUAGGUGAAAUAAAUCAAUGCUCUAUUGGGUUAAGAUCCAGUGAUUGAGUUCCCCCUGUCCUUUGUUGUAGUGGCAGUGCGCUUUGUGUCUUUGUGUUGUGGCACGUUGUCUCCCGAUUAGUUUGGAUGCAUCUUUGGGUGUUUCUUCACAGCUCUUAAAAUAUUUCUGUCAUCAGCUGCUGUUGAAACUGCUGGCCGACCUGUUCAAUGUCUGUUGCCUCGGGACACAAUUAGUUUCUUUCUUUUUAGGACAUUCCAAAUUGCAGUAUUGGCUCUGCCCAAUGUUUGUGGAAUAGCUCUUGACUGUUUUUUUUUCCUUUCAUCUUCAAAACAGUUUGCUUUUCUCCCACAGGCUACCUUUUGGUCGUCAUGUUUGCUGAUUAGCAAAUGCAGUUUUCAUGUAAAACCAAAGCCACUUGAGCAACGAGAAACACCCAUCAGUCACAUGUUGUAAAACAUUUGCUCACUUGAAAAGUCGGGGGCUUCAAACCAAAGGUGCUGUGUCUUGAGUCUAGAUUGAAAUCCCAUGAAACAAAAGCGGGACUCCUAAACUUUUGUCUCAUUUUCAUCUUUUGGUUUGAAACUCAAAUGUUGUUACUCGCCAACCAAAACGAAGCACUUGACAUUGCGGUCCCAAACCUUUCUGACACAUCUAGGACUCACAUUGAAAACCUCCCUUCCUUUUGACUUGUGUGUGUGGUAUUGCAAGUGACCACGAAAGCAUCUGCUACAUGACGUCAUGUAAAGUUGAGGUCAUCAUGAGCAGCUAUCUUGGGAAAGGCAGCUGCGCUCCCGGCUUGUCUGUAUAACAGGCUUUUUACUGUUGCACAUUUCCUUCUCUGUUCAGUGGACAAAUGUUGUGAAGUGCUCAUGAAUAAAACUGGUCUUUGU